AUGACUACUGACGCACCCAUUGAACCAAGUUCCAUCCCAGAUGACUUGCAGGAAAGGUACUCUCGGUGGAAGAAAAAUACGAAGUUGCUCUAUAGUUAUUUAAAUACAAAUACAUCAAAAUGGCCAUCAUUGACUUGCCAGUUUUUCCCAGAUUUAGACACCACUACAGAUACACAUAGAAUUCUUCUCUCGACAUUCACCUCAUCACAGUUACCAGAAGAUGAAUCUCUCUAUAUUGCAAAUUUAUCAACUUCGAAUCAUCUCAAUUGGUCGUCUCUUAAUAAUUUUGACAUGGAUGAAAUGGAAUUUAAACCAGAUAAUUCCACAAAGUUUCCCUCCAAGAAUUUGAAUGUGGAUAUAUCCAUACCCUUCCCCAAUGGUGAUUGUAAUAGAGCAAGAUACUUGCCUCAAAAUCCCGAUUUAUUGGCCGCUGCAUCUUCAAAUGGUUCUAUUUAUAUUUUUAAUAGGACAAAGCAUGGUUCACGUAGACUUAAUAGUAACCAAAGGUCAUUUGAAGCAAGACUAUAUUCUACAGAUAAGAUGGAUGAAAAUUUUACUAAUUCAAAUGAAGCAGUCUCCAUUGCUUGGAAUUUACAAAAAAAUGGCACUUUGGCCUCAAGUUAUUCACAGGGAUCAAUAAAAAUAUGGGACAUUACAAAAUACUCAUGCUCUGAUCCUACUUUACGAGAAAAUGAACUCACAAUUCCUUUUGACCCAGAGGGAUGCAACGAAGUGACGUGGAUGGUAAAUCAUGAUUCAAUUUUUGCUGCCUGCAGUGAAAGCAAUAAAUUAUCUCUAUUCGAUGUUAGAACUAAGGAAGAGAUGCUGAAAAUGACUGAAAACAUUGGUACACAUAGUGGAGGGAUCAAUUCGUGUAAGUUCAACUAUUAUAACGAUAUGCUCUUGGCUUCUGCAGACUCUACUGGUAAAAUUAAUAUGUGGGAUAUAAGGAAAUUGGAUAAGGAACCAAUAAAGUCAUUUAAUCAUAAUUCUUCCAUUUCAACUCUCGAAUGGAAUCCAAACUUAGAGACAAUAUUGGUAACUGCGGGACAGGAUGAUGGUUUGGUUAAAAUUUGGGACACAGCCAAUGGUCAAAAUAUCUUCGUUCAUGGUGGUCAUAUGCUGGGCGUUAAUGACGUUUCUUGGGACUUACACGAUCCUUGGUUAUUGUCUAGUGUCUCAAACGACAACUCCAUCCAUGUAUGGAAACCAGCCACAAAUCUAGUGGACAUAGAAUCCUGA